CGCCGCCCGAAGGAUGUCUCACCGUUCUUCCCAUGUGCUGAGGCGACUCACAAUCCCUGCUCCCUUAGGCGUGACUGCUGCUGCUCCUGUAUGGCCGACAUACGGUGCCAGCAGGUCUGUCUCUGGCGUGUCAUAUCCAGAACCGGCAGUCAUUAUGGCCCAUCGGAAGACGGAAAGUGGUGAGGAAGACGAUCGACGAGAGUUGCUUAAUGCACGCAAAGGGUAUACCGGACCAUCGGUCAUCCUAGGCAUUGCCAAUCCGUCCCCAUCUCCUCCCCCUGGUCCGCCCACGCCAUCCCUCUACGCACCGUCGCCUGAGCCAGGCCAUCCUUUGAAGCAGCGUGUGGAGCAAGACGCGGCGCCAAUGUACAAUUAUGAGAAUUGUAUCCUUCCAGGCAAGAAUCCUAAUCGAACUGGUGCUGAACUGUAUGCUCAUUACAUGGGAGAGCAUUACCGGUGCGCUGUAUAACAGAGGAUCUGAGAGUGACCCCUGCGCUUGUAUCGAUAAUCUGACGAGCAUCAUGAUUAAUGUAUAUAUGGUCUAG